AUGUAUCGUUACAUCUUGUUAGUGUUCGUCAGCAUAUGUCAGCUGCAGGCUGCUACUUUGGAAUGUAAAAAUCACAUUCUCACACCGAAAAUCAAAGCUGGCUAUGCGAAUCAAGCAAGAAACCAAUCGGAAGUUGACAGCAAAAACUUCCUUGGCGUCAAAAGCCAUUCAGGAUUCUUGACCGUUAAUGAAGAAUACAAUUCGAAUCUUUUCUUCUGGUAUUUUCCUCAUGAGCGACAAGCGGAGGUGCCGUGGAUUAUAUGGUUGCAAGUGGUUCGUAGGAAUUUGACAUGGGCUAGCGAUUACUCACUGUUAUUUGUGGACAAUCCCGUCGGCGCUGGUUUCAGCUUCACCGAUGACGACAAAGGGUAUACUCAGAAUGAAGAUGAGGUUGGUGAACAAUUGUACGAGCUCCUAAUACAAUUCCUGGAAAUAUUUCCAGAGUUGAAAACAGCUCCACUAUUCAUAGCUGGAGAGUCGUACGCUGGGAAGUAUGUGCCGGCUCUAGCCAUUCAAAUACACCGAAGAAAUCGCGAAAGCAAGGAAAGCGAGACACCUAUUAAUCUAAGAGGUUUAUCUAUUGGCAAUGGACUUAUUGACCCUCGUAGCAUGAUGCAUUACACGGAGCUGUGCAGCGUUUUAGGGUUAUUAGCAGGGAAGGACUUGGAGAAAUUGAAGGAACUGGAAAAUGCUUCAGUCACUUUACUAGACGAGCAAAGGAUGGUGGAAUCAGCAAAUAAAUUCAACGAAACUAUAGAGUUUAUUAAGAAAAAGAGUGGAGUAAGCAUUUAUAACUUCAACCGAGAUCCCACAUCGUCCAAGACCCCAGAAUUUGAGCUGUUCGUAACGAAACCUGAAGUCCGACGUUGGAUCCAUGCAGGAUGUGCAAAAUUCGACUUUAAUAACCAACUCGUUUACACAAAAAUGUUGGUAGACUUUAUGAACACUACAAAACCGUUCGUUGAAGAGCUGCUGGAACAGUAUGGGGUUAUGUGUUACAGCGGUCAACUGGACGUCAUCCUUCCUUAUGGCGGCUCCCGAUACAUGUACCGCGACCUCCAUUGGACCGGCCGUAAUAAAUACGACGAGGCACCAAGAAAGCGUCUGCGCGGCACCGACGGUGGUGUUGUUGGAUAUAAGAAAAGUGGUGGAAACUUCGUAGAAGUGGUGGUCCGUGGAGCCGGUCACAUGGUACCUGCAGAGGAACCUGAGGUACUCAAGUUCCUGUUAGAUGCCUUUAUAGAAGAUUUCAAAUAA